GGGAGGGGGAACGGGCGCGUCUGCGGAGGCCUAGCGCCCGGCCCUCUUGCUGCUCCGCCCUCGGCGGCGGGGAAGGCGGCGCCGGGGCCCCGGAAGCAGCGGGAAGGAGCUGGACUGGGGCCAUGGCGGCGCCUGCAGCGAUACUGGUCAUGGGCGUGAGCGGCUCAGGAAAAUCAACCGUGGGCGCCCUGCUGGCAUCCGAGCUAGGAUGGAAAUUCUAUGAUGCAGAUGACUAUCACCCAGAAGAAAAUCGAAUAAAGAUGGGGAAAGGGAUUCCGCUGAACGACCAGGACAGGAUUCCAUGGCUGUGCAACUUGCAUGAAAUUUUACUAAGAGAUGUAGCCUCAGGACAGCAUGUGGUUCUAGCCUGUUCAGCGCUGAAGAAAGUGUACAGAGACAUCUUAAUCCAAGGAAAAGAUGGUGCACUUGCGAAGCGUGAUGAGCCGGGGAAGGAAGGGAAGCUGGCUGAGGUGAAGCUCCUUACGGUCCAUCUGAGCGGGUCAUUUGAGGUCAUCUCUGAACGCUUAUCCAAAAGAAAAGGACAUUUUAUGCCCCCUGAGUUACUGCAGUCCCAGUUCGAUACUCUGGAGCCUCCAUCAGCUCCAGAAAAAUUUAUCCAAGUCAGUGUGGACAAAAGUCUUUCAGAGAUCAUUGCUAUAAUUGUGAAAGCUCUACAGUGAAAUGUAAGUCAUUGCAUAGCAGUGGCCCAGAACGGAAUUAGCCAUAAAUUUCUGACCUAAAACAGAUAUUCCAGCAUCCCUUUUGGUACUGUAUCCUAAACUCUAAUUCAGGUGAACAAACCACAAUGUGUGGAGAUAUGCGUGUUUGGCUGUAAUUUUAGGGAUUUGUGAUACUCUGUCAUCACACUCUGGCACAUGAGAGGGAACUCUCAAAGUAAGGCUUCAAUUCAAGUUGAAAUUCAUGUGACCUAAUCAAGUGGUCAGAGGAUAUUACACGAUCAAUGCUGAAAUCAUUGCCUUACUUAGAACAUCCUUGAUCAUGAUGUAUUCCAACAAAUAAAUAAAACUUGGCCAUCCUUGGCAUCCCUCAGAAA